AUGGAAGUUGCAAAUCAAGUCCAAUCCAUUGAUAUACUUCAAGAUCAUGGCAUUAAUGCUAGUGACAUUACCAAACUUCGCAGUGCUGGUAUAUGUUCUAUUGCUACAGUUUUGUCCACAACACGAAGAAACCUUACCAAAAUCAAAGGGCUUAGUGAGGUAAAAGUUGAAAAGAUUAAAGAGGCAGCAGGAAAAAUCAAGACUACGGGCUUCAUUCCUGCUACUAUCCUAGCGGAGCAACGACAAAGAGUGUUUACGAUAACUACCGGUUCCAAGCAAUUCGAUGAAAUUCUUGGAGGAGGAAUAACCUCCAUGAGCAUUACCGAAGUAUUUGGUGAGUUUAGAUGCGGUAAGACGCAAUUGUGUCAUACAUUGUGUGUUGCUGCUCAAUUACCAAAAGACCUUGGAGGUGGAGAGGGCAGAGUUGCGUACAUUGACACUGAAGGAACAUUUAGACCCGAACGAAUUAGGGCCAUAGCCAACCGUUUUGGAGUUGAUCCUGAUAAUUGUCUUGAAAAUAUUUCGUACGCUCGAGCAUUGAACAGCGAACACCAGAUUGAACUUGUUGAGCAAUUGGGCAAUGAGUUGGCCGAGGGUACGUACAGCUUGUUGAUUGUCGAUUCAAUAUUAGCAUGUUUUAGAGUCGAUUAUUCAGGUAGAGGCGAAUUAAAUGAAAGGCAGCAGAAACUAAACCAACACUUGAGCCAUUUGACAAGACUCGCUGAAGACUACAACAUAGCCGUGUUCUUGACCAAUCAAGUGCAAAGUGACCCUGGUGCGAGUAGUUUAUUUGCUGCGGCAGACGGUAGGAAACCAGUUGGAGGACAUGUUUUGGCUCAUGCAUCAGCAACAAGGAUCUUGUUAAGAAAAGGGCGAGGAGAAGAGAGAGUUGGUAAAUUGCAGGACAGUCCCAACAUGCCAGAGAAAGAAUGUGUUUAUGUAAUUGGUGAAGGAGGGAUUAAGGAUAGCGAAUGA